GAGGAUGGCUAAACCCCAUAAUAACAUGGGUAGACAUGACCUUAGCGUGACCUGCCAGGACCUUGGGGGUUCAGCAUUGGUGGAGAGCUGAUGCAUUUCCUGGAGAUGGUUGCUAACAACUGAGUUGACAAAGGCAACAAGCAGGUGAUGUUGGCCGGGGAGACCAGGAGGUCAUACCAGAGCAUAGCAACAAAUACCGGUCAUAUAUCUGACAUAAGGGUUCUCCAGUAGAGAACAAGCAGGAAGAAAGCGAAGAUGCCGUUCUUCAAAUCUGCCUCCAGCCUCCGCUCAGACAGCAGUGAUUUGGACACGGAUGGCCUUGCUGAAAGCGAGUUGGCCAAACUCCAGCGCCAGUUCCGCCUCUUGGAAGGUGACCGUCAUGCCUACACCUUGGAAUCCAAGGAAACCAUUCGCAAGCAGAUGCUGGAGGUGAAGCGCCUCGAGAAGGAGAAUGAGCAGCUGCUACGCAGGCAGGCUGUGGCCGAGAGCCGCACUAACCGGCAACGGGGGAAAGAUCAAGCCGACAGCCUGCGUGCUUUGCUGGGACGCCGGGAUGACGUGGAGCAGCAGAUCAUGGAAGAGAAGAAGAGAAUAGCCCUACUUGAUCGGGAGAUCCAAAGCUGGGAGAAGCGUUUGGCUGUCCAGAACAAGGAAGUGGGCAGUGGACACUUGAUCCAACAACAGAAGAUCCACCUACAGAAGAGGGUACAGACGUUGGAGAACCCCUGUUUCCAGGCCACCUCACAAUUCAGUUCUCAGCUGGUUGUCAACUCCCAGCUGCGUGAGGAUCUAGAAAUCCUCCAGAUUGGACACGAUCGCUUCGAACAGCUUUACAAGCAUCUAGAGAAGGAGCUGCUGGGUUCACGCAGGAACAUCGGGGCCAUGAUCAGCACAUCCUCAGCAGCCUACGAUGCAAGGGAUGAGGCGCAGAACCGCAUGAGCCAGCUGCAGGACAAGAUGGGGAAGGAUCUCAGACAAUACGAAUCUGAGCUGAGAGAAUUAAACCGCAUCCUAGAACAUGACCGCCGGAUGGACGAGUUCCUCACCGUCAAACUGCAGGAGCGGCAGUUCACCGAGGAAGCGUUGAAGGCCAAGGAAAAACAAGAGCAAGAGCGCAGACGGCGAGGGCCCGAGGAAGAGCUGAUCGACUCUUACCAAGAUGCCUCUGAGCAGCUGCUGCAGUUGACUGGCACGAGCUCGCUGGAUGAUGGGCUGGAGAAGUUCAUUGCAGAGGAGGAGCGGAACUUUGCUCAGUUCAACUAUGUCAAUGAACAAAAUAACCAGCUGGAACAGAUCCGGGAACAAAUUGCUGAGCUCAAUCACGAAAUAGAGAAGCUCCAGGCACGGGAGGCCCAGGCGGAGGCGGAGCUGCAGCUGCAGUUGCAGGAAGUCGAAAGGCAGCAAGAGGCAGCUGUGAAUGAGGCAAAGCAGAUUGAGCUGCUUCUGAAGGCCCAGACCAAGAUUUGGGAGAUGUUCAAAAGUGAAAUCGAGUCCCUCUUUGGGAAGCUGCAUUGUGACCAUUCGGUGCUGGAUAAAAUCCUAGGGGGGUCGACAGCCGCGCGGGACGAGAACAUCGCAAUCUACAUGGGCUUGAUCGAGCAAAAGAUCAAUGAAUUAUUGGCGAUGUAUUCCUAUGUGAGGGCUGAGCAACAAAACAAGCCCUUCGAUACGUUGGAGACAGUGCAGUUGAUCCUGGGGCAGAAGCCCGUGCCUUCAUCUCGCCGGAUGAGCGUUCGACCACCCACCACUGGACCAAGCCACGAAGGAGUCAUCGAAGAAGAGGAGAGACCCUUGACUCACACAGAGCUCAAAGAAAAAGUCCUGAAGGAGAUCCUGAGCAACCCAGAAAUACCUUUCCAAAGGAGAAACACGCAGCCCGAUAUAGCCAGUGCCCGGGGUCGAAGAAGUGGAUUUAAGAAGCCACAACACGCUUCUUGACUUAAGUAGGAACUCUCCUCACGAUCUGGUCUGUGCAGUGCAAAGGACAGAAGCUGCGAUGUCAUAGGCAGGGGCACACGGUGGUCUGGUUCCCCACAUUGCUACCCUUCUAUGAGCACCCUCUGCAGCCUUCCUCACAUUUGGGAUGACUGAUGUGCCAGGAGGCAGCCUUCCCUCUGCAGGGGCCUCUGGACUGUUGUGGCUCCUUGAAGAUCGUCCUCCGCCUGGCGAAUUUUCCCUUCCGUCGACUGCUUGCCCAAUCAGGACUGACCUGCUGCAUACACGAUACGUAACACAUACCCUCCGUCUUAACAAAGGGUCUUUGCUCCUGAGCUGCCUGUUCACUUAUAUCCCUUAAGUCGACGCCAGAGUCACUUGUGAAGAGGGAGUGCACCUUGAAAUAUAUGGUCUCUCUCUCCUCUAUGUUUGCCAGAAACCAUUCGUCCAGAGGAAGCAACCCUAUACCUUUGCAGUGUAGCAAGCCCAUAUCUCCAGGGGCAAAAAUGCCCGUGUCCCUGAUGCCAAGGAAGCUGUCAUUGGGCUAGGAGCAGGUGCCUGAAGUUCAUGAUGUCACCCUCCCCGUGCCACUAGUGUCCAAAAACUGGCAAAUUAAGCUUUCUAGUGCUGUUGUAACUUUUUC